CAGCGUCUCCCUUUUUACUUUGCUGUCUCCCACCACUUUCCCCCCUCAGUGCUAACCCACGCCUCUAAUGUCUUCACUUCACAAAACUCCAACCCAGUUCCCAGUUGAAGCAGUCUAAUUGAUGGAGUGGAGGAAGGAGACCUUGACCCGACAGAGGAGCAGCUGUCAGCAGUUGCAAUAAAGAAAAUCGCCCGAGGGGACUGAAAGAGACGGAGGCGAGCCGAGACAGGCGCGGGCGAGGAAAGGGGGAGACUGCUUCAGGUGACCGACUCGCGAUGGAGGCGCACGGCAUGCGAGACUAGGGAGCGCCGCUUCUGGACGCCCUCGCUUUGUUGAGGUGGAAUACAAAGUGAACAACCAUCUGAACUGACCGGGACCGCCUUUGUCCGUUUCGCUUGACGGAUUAUCUCCGAAUCAUGAAUGUGCCGCCCCCGGACCGCAGGAAAAACAUGCGAGAACUGGCUUUGGAGAUUGGCAUCCGAGUUCUGCUUUUCGGAGUUUUUGUAUUUACAGAGUUUCUGGAGCCCUUUGAGAGGGUGAUUCAACCAGAGGAGCUUUGGCUCUACAAGAAUCCUCUCGUUGAGUCAGACCACAUUCCCAAGAGGGUCAUGUUCGCAAUUUCGUUCCUUACCCCACUGGCAGUGAUAUUUGUGGUGAAGAUAAUUCAGAGGACGGACAAGACAGAAAUCAAAGAGGCCUGUUUAGCUGUGUCCCUGGCUCUCGCCCUGAAUGGAGUCUUCACAAACACCAUCAAGUUGAUUGUUGGCAGACCCAGGCCAGAUUAUUUCCAGCGCUGUUUCCCAGAUGGUCAAGUGAAUGCGAAGAUGCUGUGCACCGGGGAGCCAGAUCUAGUCUCAGAGGGACGCAAGAGCUUCCCCAGCAGCCAUUCCUCCUUUGCAUUCUCUGGUCUUGGCUUCACCUCCUUCUACCUGGCAGGGAAGCUGCAGUGUUUCACAGAUCAGGGUCGAGGACGUAGCUGGCGUCUCUGUGCUAUGGUGCUGCCUCUCUACAGCGCUAUGAUGAUUGCACUGUCCCGGACCUGCGACUACAAACACCAUUGGCAAGACGCCUUUGUUGGAGGAGUGAUAGGGUUGCUGUUUGCGUACAUCUGCUACCGCCAACACUACCCACCCUUUCUGCACAUGGACUGUCACCUGCCUUAUGCUAGUCUGGCUGCCGCUGCCUACACACCCUCGCAUCCCCAAGACGACCCGCAGCCCACUGACAAUGCCACCACCCUUCCCCUGGAGGGCUUGACUGAAGGGCCAGUAUGA